AUGGUGGUCAAGGAAUUCCUCGACUCGGACAGAGUCAACUUUCUCAUCUGGAGGUAUCUGCUCGAAGGGAACUACCGCGAAACCGCCGCCAAGUUCCAAAAAGAGUGGCAUGUCAAGGAGCCUCAUCGGGAUUUCGAUUUUGCCCGCCAUGUCAAGGGCCACGCCCUCAUCUCAAUCGUCAACAGGGGCCUCCUCUACUACGCCCUUGAGCGCGACUUUGCCCUCGACCAGUUUCCGCAGCAUGCGGCCGUCGAGGCCGACGCGAUGCAAUUUGGCAUUUUUGGGCCGCUGACGGUGCCGCCGCCGCUGCCGCCGCCGCCGCCGCCGGCGGCGGCCCGGAUGGACGAGGACGACAAUGCCGUCGCCGCCACGGUAGAGACUGCAGAAGACGCCGAGGCGUCGAGGAAACGAGCUCAGCAACAGGUGCCCAACGGGUCGCCGGCCAAGCGCCCGCGCCUGAGUAAUGGCUACGAGAACGGCGCCGACGCUGCAGCGCCAGUGGCAGCCACGGCGACGACGACGGCCUCGACGACGACGGCCUCGACGCCCAUGGACGUCGACCCCCCUCCUCCUCCGCCUCACCACGACAGCGGCCAGCACGACGCCAGCAACAACCACGCGUACCCAUCGCCCCUCGAGGGCGAGCAGCUUCCACCGCCCAUUGUGCAGACGGAUGGCCCCGAGCAGGGCACGCAGAUGGACAAGGUCGAGGAGCUGUCGCCCGACACCACCUUCAUCCGCCUCAUGGACGAUGAUCGCAGUGUCCCCGAGACAACGCCGUCUCCCUCCCCCGCGGGCACUGAGAACGCACCCGUGCUGCUGCAGUGCGAGUGGAACCCCCGAGACCCAUCAGUUCUGGCGGCUGCUGGGACCGAUGCGCUAGCCCGCGUUUGGACUGUUUCGCGUCCCACGGCGUCUGAGCCCGGCCACAAUCACGUGUCUCCCCGUGCCCACACUCUGCUGGACCCUGACACGCCGCGGACCACGACGGUGACGGCCCUGUCGUGGACCUCGGACGGCACCGCCAUUGCCCUUGCCACCGACUCCAGCUCCCAGGCCGCCGUGAGCGUCUGGUCCGCCGACGGCAUCCACAUGCAGACCAUGGAGGUGUCUGAGCCGCCCGUCAUUAAGCUGUGCUGGAACCCUGGCAGCACGGCGCUCCUGGCCAUAUCCCCCGAAAAGGGCGGCGCCCUCGUCACCGUCUACUCGUCGCCCUCGAGCACCGCCUCCACAUUUCGCCUUCUCGGUCACGACAUUGCCGCGACACCCCUCGAUGCGGCCUGGACGAGCGACGCCGAGUUCUUGCUGUGCGGCGGGGACCUUCUCCUGUGUCUCCACUGCGCCGAGUCGUCCCUUGUCCAAGUACGCAAGUUCGACACCAAGCUUGACGACAGCUUUACACAGGUCCUCUUCGACUGGCGCUCGAAACUGGCCGCAACCUCAAGUGACAAGGGCACCCUCGACCUAUGGGACGAAUCCGGCCAGCGGCGGUCCAUCUCGGCCCAUCAAGGCGCCAUCACGUCCAUGGCGUGGCAGCCGUUGCCGCCUGCGCAGCUUAACGCCGACGACGAACGUCUCAUCGCAACCGGUGGUGACGACUGCGCGAUCCUGAUAUGGAAUGCUCGGAGGCCUGACAGCAAGGCAAAAUGCUUCCUGACAAUGGAUUCGCCGAUAGUGCGGCUCGCCUUUACCCCCGACGGAGCCUUUAUUGCCGGGGCCACGUCCCGUCAGGUGUUGAUCUGGAAGGUGGACAACCAUGCCGUACCCAGAGCCAGCUGGAACCGGCCACCUCACCCCGGCUGGUUAAGCCCCAAGGGCUCCUCAGACUCGGAUGAAGAGGACGAACACUGUCUGUGUUGGGACGUGAGCGGGCAGCAACUGGCUUAUGGAUCAAACAGCAGGCUUGCUGUCAUCAACUUUAACCGGUAG